AUGACUCGGUACGGGGGCCUGGGUAGGACGCGCCCGAAAAAGCUCACCUCCAAAGCGUCCAUUCCCGUCGUUCGAGAACACGAAAUUGAUCCCCUCGACGAUGAAAUCCAGAGCUCUCUACAGCAGAUUGAAACCGGCGUUGAAAAGGCCGAGGAGUCGCUCUACCCUCCUAUCUUCUCGCAGCCGGCGACGUACAUUCGCUUCUCCUCGACCGUGGAGGAUUGCUGCGGGUGUCCGUACAAUAUGACAGAAGAGGAUGAUGUGUUCCUUAAGAUCCUGAAUCAAAAGCGCGACCCCGCUGUCGACCCAUGCACUGAGGAUAUCUUCGAAGAGGUCAUGAACUUCUUUGAAGAGACGGCGCAAAUGAAACAACCGUAUGCUUCGGUGGACAACCCACCUGUGCUCUCAUAUGCGGAAAUGGAAGAUACAAUGGACGCCACAUUAGAAGAUCCAAUGAAGCCGUGGGCCAAAGAGAUAUACGAGCACUGGAAAUCGCGUCGGAGCAGUGUCCAAAACAACUCUCUGGUAUCGCAACUCAAGUUUGAAACCGGCCAAGACACCGACGACAGCGAUCCUUUUGUCUGUUUCCGUAGACGCGAGGUUCGCCAGAUCCGCAAAACCCGUGGUAGAGAUGCGCAAAGCGCAGAGAAGCUCCGACGUCUUCGCAAAGAGCUGGAAGAUGCUCGUGAACUCGUCGCCUUGGUACGCCAGCGUGAAGUCGCUCGCAGAGAGAUGCUCUCCAUGGAGCGCCAACUGUUCAAGCAGCGUGUUGAGGUAAAGGAGAUGAAGCGCAAGCUUAACAUCAAGGACGACGAUGAAGAUCUCAUCAAUCAAAAGGUGAGCAGAGUACCUGCACCGGCCCACGAAGUGCAUAUGCUAACCCUCAUGCAGCCAAAGAAGAGAGUACUCGACAUGCCCCCACAACGCCCCAACGGUCCUCAAUUGCGUAUGCCUCUCAAGGCAGGCGCAGGCGCGGACGAUUUGCAAUCAUUGGAGGAGGCUCAAGCCGAGAAGGAGAACGAGAUUCUGCGCGAUAUCAAGCAGAAUAUCAACAAGCACAUCAAGUGGAACGAGGGAUACGUGGAUCAUACGCGCGCGCCCUUGUCUCCUUCUCCAGAGCGUACUUACGAUAUUGCCGCUUUCCGACCCGCAUUCACGGCACAACUGCCAACUCCCCCGUCAUCGGAUGCCUCUGGUGACAUGGAUACCUCAUUAAACCUCAGCAGCCCGCUCUUCUCUCGAGAUAAGCUCAUCUCGCUAGAAGUACACGACGAAGCGCACCGCAUGCCAUCAUUCCGCCGGCGAGUGGGUCGUGGUGGCCGGUUAAUGAUCGAUCGCCGAAAUAUGGGAUCUCGUAAGGUCGAAAUGGAUCCAAUCAAGGCUGAUAGAUUCAAGUUCGAUCAAGAGGAUUCUGACGAUGAGCCUGAUUAUGACACUGAUGCGUACAGCAUUCAGAUCAUGCAGCAUCGGGCCAUCACCAUGGCCAAGGCGCGCGAACAGGCGGCUGUGGCUGCUCAGGCUCAUGCGCAGGCGCAGGCUCAGGCAGUCCACCAAGCACAGGCACGACGAUUGCAGGAGAGCCAAGCUCAAGCGGGAUCCAAUCCUGCAAAUGGUGUCCCUGCGUCGGAAUCCUGA